GACGUUUAUCAUGGAUUACCCAAAGAGAAGUAGAUCUUCUGAUGACGAUUCUGAUGACGAUUUCAAGAGACAAAGAAUAGCUGAUCCCGGUAGACCUAGCAAAUCUUUCACCCUGGAGAAUGGGCUUAAGGUCUAUGUAUUUAGCUGCGGCGAAGACGUAGAUGACUCAUCGGCUUCGAUGACUGUUCGAGUCGGUUCCUUCGCAGAUCCUCCCGAGAUUCCAGGGCUCGCGCAUGUAAUCGAACACAUGCUUUUUUGCGGUUCUCAAAAAUUCAGGGGCGAAAAUGAGCUACAAGAUUAUCUGGCUAAGUAUGAUGGCAAUACUAAUGCCCAUACUGAAUUUGAUCAUACAACAUUCAGCUUUGAAGUCGAUACAGAACACUUUCAUGAUGCUCUUGAUAGGUUUUCCCACCUUUUCAUCAAUCCUCUCAUGGAAACAGAGAGGUUGGAACAUGAGAUCGAUAUCAUGGAUUCUGAAUUUCUCUUGAUCAAGUACAGUGAUGCUGAUCAACUUGAUCAAAUCCUUGCUCACACAUCUUAUGAGGAUCAUCCCUUCAAAUGUUUUUCUUGGGGCAACAGAUUUACUCUCACCAAAGUUCCCCUUGCUUCUCUCCGAGAAUCAGCAUUGGACUUUUUCAAUACUCAUUAUCGAGCUUCUUCAAUGAUCCUUGUGAUUGUCCUAGGAUCAGGAUCAGGCGACUUAGAUAAAAUUCAGUCUUCGGUGACUGAAUUUUUUAGGGAUAUUCCUAAAGGAAUAUCUCCGUAUACACCAGAAAUCAGCCGACAAUGGGACUCGGGUAAACUUAUUUCCUUCAAUCUGUUGAGAAUAAUCAGAGAGUGA